UUUGUUUUUCCCAUUUUAUUCAAAUUUUCAUUUUCCCGUUUGUCUUGCGACUCGUGGAUUCUGCUCCUUUUGCUCCUUACAUGGAAAGAUUUAUUUUUUGGGGCAAAAUAUUUGCAAUUUUAGGAAACGUAUUUGUAAGGGGAAUCUUCUAAUGCAAUUUAAGACCAAAAACCCUAACGCUUUAGGGCAAAUCAGCGGAAGCUCGAGUGUACAAUGGAGGGGAUCUCUGCAACAACCGGCCCUAAUUCUUAUUUCUUGAGGCCUAUUUCCCUUAAAAAUAACACAGCAGUUAAGAUCAGCUACAGAGUUUUAAUGGCGGACUUUUAUAAGAAACCCUCUCUUCUCAGCGUACGAGCACAGCAGUCCAGUUCUGGUGAUGCGUCAACCACUAUUGCCCCUGCGAAUGUUACUGGAGAAACACUUUCUGAAUCUGAGGAGGUUGAAGAUGGGGCCAUGCAAGACGAUUUGUAUGCAAGCCAAGGCAUCAGAAUAAGAAGAAGACCACCAACUGGCCCCCCAUUGCAUUAUGUGGGUCCAUUUGAAUUUCGCUUGCAAAAUGAGGGCAACACUCCUCGCAACAUUCUUGAGGAGAUUGUUUGGAAUAAGGAUGUGGAAGUUUCACAGAUGAAAGAGAAAAGGCCCCUUGCGAAAUUGAAGGGAGCUCUUGACAAUGCACCACCUGUUAGAGAUUUCAUUGGUGCUCUGAGGACCUCCCAUCUUCGAACUAGGCUGCCGGCUUUGAUAGCUGAAGUGAAGAAGGCAUCUCCAAGUAGAGGAGUCUUGAGGGAGGAUUUCAAUCCGGUUGAAAUAGCUCAAGCUUAUGAGAAAGGUGGAGCAGCUUGCCUUAGCGUUUUAACAGAUGAGAAAUAUUUCCAGGGUAGCUUUGAGAAUCUGGAGGCUAUCCGGAAUGCCGGAGUAAAGUGCCCUCUUUUAUGUAAAGAAUUCAUUAUCGAUGCAUGGCAAAUCUACUAUGCUCGGGCAAAAGGUGCAGAUGCAGUUCUUCUAAUUGCUGCUGUGUUACCUGAUGCUGACAUCAAAUAUAUGACAAAGAUCUGUGAGAAACUUGGCUUGGCAGCACUGAUUGAGGUUCAUGAUGAAAGAGAAAUGGAUCGUGUGCUGGCAAUAGAUGGCAUCCAAUUAAUUGGUAUCAAUAACCGUGAUCUAGGAACAUUUCAAGUUGAUAUAAGCAACUCGAAGAAGCUUCUUCAAGGAGACAGAGGACAAAUGAUAAAGCAAAGAGAUAUAAUUGUGGUUGGGGAAUCUGGGCUGUUUACACCUGAAGAUAUCGAGUAUGUGCAAGAAGCUGGAGUCAAAGCAGUUUUAGUGGGUGAAUCGAUUGUGAAGCAGAGCAAUCCUGCCAAAGGAAUUGCAGGGCUUUUUGGAAGAGACAUCUCCAUAUGAUCAUGGAAUUUUUUAUUUUUUUUUAAUUGCUAAAUAUUGGAGUACAUUCAGACUGAUUGAGAACAGCAUCCCGGGUCUAAUGGUCAAGUGUAACAAAGUGAUGUUUAGAGUUUCAUUAUCAAUGGGUCUCAAGUCAAUAUUAAUAAACAGAAAAAAUUUAUGCAAGAUUGCAAUGAAGUAACAUUAUAAAUUUA